CAAGCGAAACAGUUGUUUCUUGUUUGUAUCAACAUUUUUUCCUCUCCUCGGUUGAUCGAUGUUUCAUGUCGGAUCACUGUGCGCUGAUAAUUGUUUAAAAUGAAUAUGAUCCUGAUCUUCCUUUUAUCAUAUGCGGUCGUUUCCAAAGUCACAUCAUAUGACAACAUUGCUUCAGGAAAAGCUGCACAGCAGCUGUAUCCAUUUUCUUCCUCUAGAUGGGGAGCUGAUAAAGCGGUGGACGGACUAAAAUCAGACUGUUCUGUUGCUGGAGGACAGUGUACGAUAUCGGGAUUGAGCAAAGAAACAGCCAGGUGGUGGGUGGAUCUAGGAGGUGUACUCAGUAUACGUCACAUAACUAUAUACUACAGGACGGACAAUUUAGCCUGGGAUUUCGAUAAUCCGUACACCACUCGAUUCCUUGGUUUCUCAGUAUAUAUAUCGAACACAACCAAUAAAGAGAACGGGGUACUGUGUUUUAAAGACACGGUGUACACCAAGGCCACAAUACCGAACCCGACAAACAUAACAUGUCCUAAUCAUGGACGUUACGUCAUUUAUUACAUCGAGAGACUCCAGGGUGUCACUUAUCCUCCUGAAUAUUCUUCUUACGCACACAACGAGCUCUGUGAAUUUGAAGUUUACGGUUGUCCAACACCAGGCGUUUAUGGAGAGAACUGUGAUAGACCGUGUCCUCAGAACUGUCAGAAGAGACACUGUGACAUUGUGACUGGAACCUGUCUGGGGUGUAUUCCGGGAUAUAAGGGGUCUUUCUGCGAUCAACCCUGUGAUAAUAAGAAAUACGGCAUGGAGUGUAAACAGAACUGUGGUAACUGUAGCGAUGGGAUGCAAUGCAAUCACGUGAACGGAAGUUGUCCGAACGGAUGUGACGUCGGAGUUCGAGGCGAUAAAUGCGAUGAAGAAUGUCCAAAGGGUCGCUAUGGUUACAACUGCCAAGAGAGAUGUAACAUCAACUGUGGAGUUCCUGAGAGAUGUGACAAAGGAACAGGGCAGUGUCAGAAUGGAUGUCAGGCGGGGUGGAAAAAUCACAAAUGUGAUUCAAAAUGCGAUGGUAAAACAUUUGGACUAGGCUGUACUAGAUCGUGUGGAGUUUGCUUGGGUAACGAACAGUGUCACCACGUGAACGGCACGUGCCAAAAUGGAUGCGACAGGGGUUAUGAAGGAAUCAGUUGUAUCCAAGAAUGUCCUACUGGUAGAUAUGGAGAGAACUGUGCUAUAGCCUGCUAUCCAAAUUGUAGAGGUUGUAACAGAUUUAAUGGCAGGUGCGAGUCUGGCUGUUUCCCGGGAUGGAAAGGGACAUUCUGCGAGAAAGAAUGCGAAGAGAGAAUGUAUGGCGAAAACUGUACCCGACCCUGCGGUCAAUGUCGGGAUUUAGAACAGUGUCAUCACAUUAAUGGAACAUGUUUAAAUGGCUGUAACAGAGGAUAUCAAGGCGGAGAAUGUACUGAAGAGUGUCUAGAAGGUUGGUUUGGUUACAACUGUGAAAAGAAAUGUAGCAUCCAAUGUGACAGUGUGACAGGCUUGUUAAUCGGGCAGUGUUCAGAUUCCAGUGCUAGCAGUCAAUCAUCCCCAGCUCUGUACGGGACUGUGACAGGUUUAUGUCUUAGUGUUGUUCUUAACAUCUACUUCAUUAUUCGCUAUCUGAGAGAUAAGAAGCUUCAACCAAAAAACCAACAGAAGAACAAGAAAGAGCAGCUGUCUACAGAAGGCGAUGCACCCAGUGCAACCAUUUACAACAACACAGAAGACGCUGGUGGCUACCAAGAGCUUGGUGAAUUGGGUCAACAAUCUCAUUAUGAUCAACUUAAUUCUCAUUCGUUUUCUCGAGUUUUCGCAUUGCAUCCCUGUGUAUCGACAGUGUCUAAAUUGAACAUGAUUCUGAUCCUUUUUUCAUGUGUGUUUGUUUCCAAAGUCAUAUCAUAUGAUAAUAUUGCUUUACAAAAACCUGCACAGCAGCAGGACCCCUAUUGUGCUUCUCAAUGGGGCGUGUGUUUUACCUCGGAUUUGUACUAUAAUUCUAAAUGGGGCGCGGAUCGAGCAGUCGAUGGAAGGAAAUCAAAUCUAUACGGUAAAGGAGGAGAGUGUACGUUAUCUAACAACUAUAGGCGAACAGCGAAGUGGUGGGUGGAUCUAGGAGGUGUCUUCAGUGUACAUCACAUAACUAUAUACUACAGGACGGACAAUAAAGCCUGGGAUUCCAGUAAUGGUUACACCACUCGAUUCCUUGGUUUCUCGGUAUACAUAUCGAACACAACCAGCAAAAGAGACGGGGUACUGUGUUUUAAAGACACGGAGUACAACAGAACCACAAUACCGAACCCGACAAACAUCACAUGUCCUAGACACGGACAAUACGUCAUUUAUUACAACGAGAGACUCCCAAAUGUCACUUAUCCUCCUGGAUAUUCUAGACUCGCAUACAACGAGCUCUGUGAAGUGGAAGUAUACGGUUGCCCAACACCAGACGUUUAUGGAGAGAACUGCAGUACGCAAUGUCCCCAGAACUGUCAGGAGAGACACUGUGACAUCGUGAACGGAACCUGUCUGGGGUGUUUGCCGGGAUAUAAAGGAUCUCUAUGCCAACAGCUCUGUGAUAAUAAUAAAUACGGUCUGGGGUGUAAACAGAACUGUGGUAACUGUAGCGAUGGGGAACAAUGCAAUCACGUGAACGGAAGUUGUCCAAACGGAUGUGACGCCGGAGCUCAAGGCGACGAAUGUGACGUAGAAUGUCCAGAAGGUCGCUAUGGUUACAACUGCCAAGAGAGAUGCAACAUCAACUGUGGAGUCUCUGAGAGAUGUGACAGAGUAACAGGGGGGUGUCAGAAUGGAUGUCAGGCGGGGUGGAAAAGUCAGAAAUGUGAUUCAAAAUGUGAUGAUAAAACAUUUGGACAAGACUGUACUCAAAUGUGUGGAGUUUGUUUGGAUAACGAACAGUGCCAUCACGUAAACGGCACGUGCACCAAUGGAUGUGACAGGGGUUACAAAGGAAUCAAUUGUACACAAGAGUGCCCGGAAGGUUGGUUUGGUUACAACUGUGAAAAGAAAUGCAACAUCCAAUGUGACAAUGUGACAGGCUUGUUAAUUGGACAGUCACCCGAUUGCGGUGCAAGCAGUCAAUUACACCCAGCUCUUUACGGGCUUGUGGCAGGUUUCUGUCUAAGUGUUGUUCUUAAUAUAUAUCUCAUUGUCCGCUAUCUGAGAGAUAAGAAACAUCAACCAAAAAACCGACAAAACAUGAAAGAGCAGUUGUCAACCAAAAGCGACCCGCAUAGUGCAACCAUGUGCGACUACACAGAAGAUGCUGGCAGCUACAUAUAUGAAGAGGUUGUCUAAGUAAAACCUGCUCAGAGAAAAUUAGGUCAACCUCAUUAUCUCAAAUAACCUGAUUUGGUGGAUUUGAAUUGAUAUCGUCAUGAUAAUGAUGUCAAGCUAUGUGAAAUCGGAGGAAUUAAUUCAACAUUUGUUUUUCAACAUCUUCAACUCGAGUAGCCUAUUGUUAUAAAUCAACCGUAUCAUCAACUACUGUUCGUGUAGCCUGAUUGCUUAAUCAUGCAUAACCGAAGUUUGAGAAUGAAUUCAAGCGAAACAGCCUAGUGUCGGAUAAUCAACUCAAAGUUUGUAAUAUAAUCAAAUGAAGUGGUCUCUAUUUAAACAAGUAUGUCAACCGUUACAUUAUAAUUACUUGAGUUAACGUUGUUGUAAUAUUCAAACCGGGAAUGGGAGUGUGGACAAUUGAGUCAGUUAUGUAACCACAUGGUACGCAUCUAUUGGAUGAGGUGGCGUGAUGCCAGAAAAACGGAUUGACCAUUUUGAAAUCAUAUUUAACAUGUGAUGUGAAUGUUUGUGGAAUUAAUUAUGUUUUUUUAUAUUUAUUUUUGUACGAUUCUCUUUAUGACAUACAAUAUGUGUGUAAAAUUAUUAAUCGAAAAGAGGGAAAUCUGGUCGAUUAGGUGUUUUAAAUAUAUUAUUGUAUCAUAUGUAAACUGCAGUUUUCUUAAGUAAAUAUGUUAUCGCUUCUUGAGAGCAUUGAUAUAACUGUAGAUACAUUUAUGGAUGCACACAUAUAUACAUACAAAUAUACAUACACACAUGUACAUACAUGCAUGUAUAAAUACAAACAUACACAUUUUACAUACAUAUACACACAUAUAUGAAUACAAACAUGCAUACCACAUACAAACAUGCAUAUCUACAUAAAUGGAAACAUACAUAAUACAUGCAUAUACACAUGUAAAUAAUGCAUACAUAUAUACAUACACAUAUACAUACAUAUAGACAUGUAUAAUCCAUACAUACAUAUAUACUGUAAAUACAAACAUGCGUACAUAUAGAUGCAUGCAUGCAUAAAUACAAACACACACAUUUUACAUACAUAUACACACAAAUAUACAUACAUACAUAUUUACAUACAUAAAUGGAAACAUACAUAAUACAUGCAUAUACACAUGUACAUACAUAAAUACAAACAUACAUACAAACAUACACAUUUUACAUACAUAUACACACAUAUAUACAUACAUACAUAUUUACAUAUACAGACAGACAGACAUAUACCUACAACCAUACGUAUAUGUACCAUUAAUAACACUAAAAUCACCAACUUCAUGAACUGUGAAAUUAUUCCGUAGGUCAAAGGUGUACAGAAUAUGGCUAAAGAUUGCUAUUAUAUACACCAUGUUUACAAAUGAAUAUUUUAAUUGUCAAUGUUAUUUAAAUUCUUCUUUAUCUGUAUACAAGAUUCGAUCUAUAGCUAGAUUUAGAACUUCCGGUCAUACCUUACCUAGAGAAGUAGAAACUGACCGAUGGAAUAAUAAUGAUAGGGAAAACUAGAAAACGCUGACUGUUUAACGUAGAUAUAAGUGAGGAAUACCAUUACACUUUGCAUUAUGAAAAGUGUGAAGAUGAAGGAAAAAUGUUUGUACUAAAAAUAUUAUCGAUCAAGACCAGAUGUUUUCAAAUUUUACAAGUGUUUUCUCCACACACAAUGCUUUGCUGUUACACAACAUAUUCAAAUUCAUAAAAAUCAUAAACGAACGGGUCAACCUUCCUGGUUAGUCAACUGUUACGACAUUUGAUACUUUUAAUACAUGUAUUUAUAAACACUGUCUCCUCUGCUCUGUUUGUGUAUAAUUUUGGUAUGCAAUUGUUCUUGUGUAUAUGUUGUAAUCUUCAAUUGAGAGAAAUAAAUUCAUCCAUGCAUU